AUGGAAAUUGAGCUUGUCGAAAAUGAGCUUUCUUUCGCCACCGCUUCCAGGGUGUCCUUGAUGGUCGACAACUUAUCGGUCUGGGCUUCUAAAGACGUGCCCAUCGUUCAAGACAUAUCGAUGAGAAUACCGAGUGGUUCUAUAAUGGCACUCAUAGGUGGAUCAGGCUCUGGAAAAACUACGUUAUUGAAUGUCUUGGCCUCAAAAAUGUCUAAAAAUCUCAAAUAUAGCGGGUCAUUCCACUACGUCCCUGAACCGACUUGCAGAGACGAUUCACCCGAAGAAUACUCCGCUCCAAAUUCAAAGCGAGCUGAAAAUUGCUUUACGACCGCCUACCUAACGCAGCAAGAUGUUUUGUCGCCAAGACUAACUUGCCGUGAGACUUUGCAAUACGCUUCGGACCUGAAGCUUAACAGCAGCAAGAAUGACCGUCAAAUGUUGGUAGACGAGCUGAUUGCUGAGUUAGGACUCCGCGACUGUGCUCAAACGCUUGUUGGCGAUUCACGCCAUCCGGGGUUGUCUGGUGGUGAGAAAAGAAGACUUAGCAUUGGUGUUCAAAUGAUUUCGAAUCCAUCACUUCUCUUUCUGGACGAGCCUACAACGGGAUUAGACGCUUAUUCGGCUUAUUUGGUCAUCAAAACACUGCGAAAACUAGGUCACAAGGGUGGUAGAACGUUUAUCAUGAGCAUUCACCAGCCGCGAGCUGAUAUAUUGUUCCUGCUAGACCAGGUUUGCAUCUUAUCCAAGGGUAACAAUGUUUACUGUGAUAAAGUCACAGAAAUGGUGCCUUACUUCAGAAAUCUGGGGUUUGAGGUACCCAGGCAUGUCAACCCCGCAGACUACUUCAUUGACAUAUGUAGCAUUGAUACAAGAUCGGAGAAGCUCACUUUGCAAACACAAGACAGACUCAACAAGCUGAUCGAAAGCUGGAAAGUAAGGCAAAGAGACUUCGAGUCUCUUGUACUACCAAGUUUGACACAAAGCGCCCCGAUGAUGCCACAUGUGCCAUUUGCAGCACAAGUUAGGGUUCUCACAAAACGUGCUUUAAAACUCAACAUGAGAGAUCCGAUGACCAUGAUGGCUCUCUUACUCGAACCUGUUGUGGUUGGUGUGAUUACAGGAUGGAUUUUCUACAAGCCAGAGCCUUCCACAAAGGGAAUCAGAACUCUUACAGCAGCCCUCUAUUCCGCCGCUGCAUUGCAAGGUUACUUGUUCCUAUUAUUUGAAACAUACAGACUGUGUGAACAAGAUAUCAAGGUUUACGACAGAGAGCGCGCCGAAGGGUGUGUAACACCUUGGUCAUUCCUCCUCGCUAGGCGACUGGCAAAUUUCAUAUUCGAAGAUUUCGCCAUACCGUUCCUCUUUUCGAUCAUUACAUUCUUCAUGUAUGGACUGAAUCUCGGUGCUCAGUCUUUUUUGGUCUACUUUUCCGUGGUGCUUCUUGUUCACCAAUCUUCUGCCUCUUUUGCUCUCCUUUCAGUUGCGAUUUCACGAGAUUUCUCGCAAGCUUCGCUAGUAGGCAAUCUCAACUACACUUUACAAUCCAUGGCUUGUGGGUUUUUCGCCAACGCCAGGAAAAUGCCCGUCUACGUUAGAUGGACGAAGUACAUCACUUAUUUGUGGUAUAGUUUUGGAGCCUUGAUGGCCAAUCAGUUCACAGACUUUGCAUGCAACCUCGAGGGGCAAGAUGAUUGUCUAGGAAACAUGAUCUUAGAAAGCUUGGGGUACCCUCGAUUUUGGAGGGCAACUCCAAUAAUCAUCAUAUUUUGCUGGUCAAUCGCUUUUUAUGGUCUGGCAAUAUUGAUGCUUCAGCUGAAGAGAGUAGAUAUCAGCCUGGCAAAGCGAGUAAAGGUGAAGAAAAACAUUCCAAGAUCUCCCAACGACCUUGACACUGACUUGGAGUCAAAUACCCUAGGCUCGAGUUCAACAGCAGAGGAGGCCAUUACCGUUGAGGUUCGAAACCUUAACAUGAAAGUAUACAAAAGACGAGCAUGGCCAAUUCGCAAAGGACAACAAACCUCUCCAGACUAUAUUCCAAUUUUGAAUGAUAUCAACGCACUUUUCAAAGCCAACGAUAUCAAUGCUAUUAUGGGUCCAUCAGGAUCAGGGAAAUCAACCCUUCUCAAUCUUUUGUCAGGAAAGCUCAAAUCAACAUUCUGGUCGUCGUUCGAGACCACAGGUGAGAUUUAUUUCAACGGUGCCCAAGUAUCGCAGCAAAUUUUCAAGAACGUUUGUUCUUUCGUUCCUCAGGACGACGAUCAUCUGCUGGCACAGCUUACCGUCAAGGAGACCUUGUCCUUUGCGGCAGAUUUGAGAUUGUCGAAAAUUCGGCCAGCGGAUCGCAUUUCGAAAGUGGACGAAGUAAUUUUGGAGCUAGGUUUGAAGCAUUGCGAGGAUACCUUGGUGGGGAAUGAACUUAUAAAAGGGAUUAGCGGCGGCGAGAAACGAAGACUUUCAAUGGGAAUUCAUCUUUUAACGGAUCCGUCUAUUCUUUUGCUCGAUGAGCCGACUUCGGGGCUGGAUAGCUUCACGUCCUUCAAGAUUUUGGAAGUGCUAUGCAAUAUCAGCAGAAAGCCAGGCAAGACCGUCAUCUUGACCAUUCACCAACCACGGGCCGAGUGUUUUCAACAGCUAGGCAACGUCUUGCUUUUGGCGAAAGGUGGCCGUAUAGCAUACAAUGGCCCACCACUAGCCAUGAUUGAAUAUUUUGCCAACCUUGGGUAUGAAUGCCCCCCUCUAACAAAUGUAGCGGAUUACUUUUUGGACCUAAUUUCAGUCAAUAUUCAAAACGACAGGAACGAGUCAUACUCUCGCGACAGGGUUCAGUCUUUACUUUUAAAGUGGGAUCAAAAUCUGAGAAGGCGUGUGGACUGUGAUGUUUCGUCAAAUCACAACAAAUUUGCAAUGCAAGGGCACAGUAGAAAGAAAGCUCCCUUCAUGGUGGCCUAUAGGGUAUGUGUAAGACGUCAAUCGAAGACAAUAACCCGUAAUGUGGAGUCAUUGAGCGCUAGAUUGGCCCAAAUCCCGGGAGUUGGUAUCAUUUUGGCCCUGUUUUUCGCCCCGGUAAAGCACGACUACGCCAGCGUUUCAAAUAGGCUUGGUCUCGUUCAGCAAUCUACCGCUUUAUAUUUCACUGGCAUGUUGACGAACUUGGCGUGCUAUCCGAGUGAAAGGAAUUACUUCUACCAGGAGUUUGACGAUAACGUUUACGGCAUUGCUCCAUUCUUUCUCGGCUAUAUGACGCUUGAACUGCCGAUGGCAGCUUUCGCGGCCUCUUUAUUCGCGGUCUUUAUAGUUCUGGCUUGUGGCAUGAACCGAUCCGUUGGCAAUUUUUUCGUUACGAUGUACUGCAGUAUGGUCAUAUCCACUUGUGGGGAAGCUCUUGGGAUAAUCACGAAUACGCUAUUCACCACGCCAGGAUUCGUGGUCAACGUCGUUUCAAUUGCUCUCACAAUUGGCUGUGUGAUGUCGGGGCUAAUGUCACUGCAAAUGUCGCGUGUUCUUCAAGGAUUCAACUAUUUGAGUCCUUUGAAUUAUACUUCGAUGGUUUUGAUAAACUACGCCUUUCCAAACAGUCUCAAACUUACCUGUUCUGAUGGUGGCCAGAAUGCAGACGGCUCGUGUCUUUUUUCAUCGGGCUCGCAAGUGCUCGAAAGCUACGGGCUGAAACGCAACACGCGCAAUUAUCUGGGAAUAAUUAUAUGCGUUUGGUUCAUGUACAGACUCGUUGCCUACCUCACUCUGAAAGCAAAACUGGAGUGGAUAAGAUGGUGA